CAUCAUUGUAAACGGUCCUAGUGGCGGCGCGCCGCUGGAUGAUACGCGGUUGUGAUUCAUUUUGUGAUGCGGAAAUGUAAAAGUUUCGCAUUGAGAAGAAAAAAAUCAACAUUGACUAGCGUACAUCGUUAGUCAAAGAAAAGAAAACAAAACAGAUCGUGCGAUUUCGUCGAGAGUUUCUGUCAAGAUAAAUGUGAAACAGGAUGACACUCGUGGUUUGAGCAAAGAUCUCGAUCUCGUGUGUGCAGCCUGCCAGUCGCGACAUGGCGGGUUUUCGAGACGAGGAUAAAGCUCUAUUUCCUAUUCAGAGCAUCUCCUCAAUUGUACGAAUCUUCCAAAAUCAAUUACAAAAUAGCUCAGAACCGGACUUGGCUUUACUCUCAAUUCUCGUCGGCGCAGUUGAAAAUUCCCUAACCUGUAAUCGAACAUUUGCGUCGCAGGAGACCACUGUUUAUGACGAACCGAAAUUACCGGCCGUUGAGUUUCACAUUGCCGAAGCUCUUUACACCAAGUUUCAUGCAGUGAUUAAGGGUGCAGUUGAUCUUACAGUUUAUGAUACGAAAUAUGCAACUCGAGAGCUCGUUAAAAAAGUGUCAGACGUUAUUUGGAACUCUCUUACCAGAAGCUACUACAAAGAUCGUGCACACUUACAAAGUCUCUACAGCUACCUCACAUCAAAUAAAUUAGAUUGUUUCGGAGUAGCCUUUGCAGUGGUUGCUGGCUGUCAAGUGUUGGGAUUUAAAGAUGUACAUUUGGCUAUGUCUGAAGAUCAUGCUUGGGUAGUUUAUGGUGAAAAUGGAACUGAAACUGCUGAAGUUACCUGGCAUGGAAAAGGAAAUGAGGAUAAACGUGGUCAACCAGUUGAACCUGGAGUAGCCUCUCGAUCAUGGUUAUAUGUGAAUGGACAAGCUGUUGUAUGUUCUAGAGCUAUGGAAGUUGCUACUAUAGUAUCUGCUAUAAAUCCUAGUUUAAGUGCAACUUCAGAUGCAGCUGAAGUAGCAUUACUUCAACAAGAAUUAUUAUGGUUGUUAUAUGAUUUGGGUCAUCUUGCUAAAUAUCCUAUGGCUCUUGGUAAUCUUGGAGAUCUUGAAGAAGCAGCACCAACUCCAGGCAGGCCUCCUGCUAUAGAUCUCUUUCAGGAAGCAAUUCGUUCUGCAAGAAAAUAUUACGGAAAUGCUCAUGUCUAUCCAUAUACUUAUCAAGGUGGUUAUUUAUAUAGGCAUGGAUUACAUGCCAACGCAUUGUCAUCAUGGGCAGAUGCAGCAGAUGUUUUAAGAAAGUAUGACUAUUCAAGAGAUGAUGGAGAAAUAUACAAAGAAUUAUUAGAAAUAGCGAAUGAACUUAUACCGCAUACGGUACGAGCUGAUGAACGUUUGUUACGACAACCACGUUGUUUCGCUUAUUUGUUGAGGUUUUACGAUGGUAUUUGUCAAUGGGAGGAAGGAGCGAACACACCCGUUUUACACAUAGGAUGGGCACGACCAUUGGUAAACACUAUUUCAAAAUUUGAUGCCAGUAUUCGCGCUCAGGUAAUUAUCGAGUGUUACGAUGUAGAAGCGAAACAGGAAGAGGAGAAAUCACAAAAGAGAGAGACCAGUCCAGAAGAAACAUUAAACAAUAAUAACAACAAUUAUUGUAAAACUAAAGAAAGAGGCAAUGCAGCCCGCGAUUUGAUCAAAAGUUUAGAAUCAAAAGUGCCGUCUAAUCCAGCACCGAUGCAUCCUAGUAUUCAAGCGUUGACUGCAGCAUGUAGCGAAAAGAUACUUAACAGAGAUUAUCUAUUACAAGGUGGCGGAGAACCGUUCGUUGCUCCGUCAGAUGGUACUUUGCCUCCCGCACCUUCCACUUCUCAGGAGAAUCUUGAUCCUGAGGAUGAAACUGAUUCUGAACAUGAAAGACCAAGGAUAACAUUAUACAGUCAGAAGAUGAAAGGUUUAAAGGACUUGUUGCUGGCUGAGAAAUUAAACACGCAUGCGAUUUCAUUGCAAUUAACCGCACAGAGCCAGGUACAAAUUGGCAAAAAAUCUCGUGGUACCGAUGAGGUUGGAGUUAGUCAGCGUCCAAAGAGGACACGUCGCGAAUAGUAUAAGAUUUUCGACCGACGUUUCGGUAUCGUAAAAUAUUGAACAGCAGUAGUGCCACUGGAUUCGUUUAGGUCGGAAAAGUCCGUAACGUGCGAAUGCAUAUACUGAAAUGUAUUCCAUGUAUCGUUGAAAUUUCAAUCUUUUCUCACGGUUUCUUUCUGUUUCGAGUGAAUUUCUGAUUCAAGAUUCUCGCAUAUUCAGUGGAUUUGUUGGGAUAUGCAGAUGAUAUGAUGAUGAAUUUGUUUCCGUUUAAACUAUCUCUCAUGCAUUUUUGUUUAGCGGAACGAUUCCGACGCUCGAUUAUCGCGCGAAUCCUUACGAAAUACGUUCGCGUGAUCCUUGGGACGUAUUAUCGUCAUUAGAUGUAAGUGAAAAGUAGAUGCGAAAAAAAUUUAUAGAAGAGUACAAAAAAGAUUUUCUCGAUUUUAAGUUAAAUAUCGAAAUCGUGAGUGCUUGCGUUUUGUAUUUUCGCGAUGAAGAUAUAUUUACGUGUAAAAAA